CGUGCGGAUCAUCUCGCGCCGCGUAGACGAUCUUUGCGUCGGCCUCCGCUGCUGACGCGCGUCGGUCCGUCACGUGACGUGUGGAAUGUUAACAAUGCAGCGAGUGUCCAACUUUGUGCCUCAUUUCUUCUUCUCCUUCUUCUUCUUCUUCUGCUUCUUCUCCUCUUUCUUCAUCCGCCGCUCCAAAACGGAGGCGGCUAUCAUCACUUUUCCUCGCCCGCGUCGGCCCGUCUGAGCCCGCCGGAGACCCUCCGAGCCCCGGCCAGGAGACACCUCUGAGCCCGCCGGAGACCCUCCGAACCUCGGCCAGGAGCUCCAAGAAGGAAGCGGACGGGAGGACGAGAAUACAAACUACAGGGGCCAUAAAAAGAAAAGAACAAGUUGUUGUUCGGAAGGAGUCUAAAGUAUUUGUGUUGGAUGUGUUGCCUUCUUCUCCACACAUGGCGCAGGUUGUCAACAUGAAUGUGUGGCUGCAAGUCACCCUCGUGAGCGGCUGCAUGUCCUGGAACACUCUGGAACCUGAGCCUUGAAAGGCACACCAUGGAGCGCCUGUAGGACCCACCCUCACCACCCGAGUCCCCUUUCUCCCCCCCCCCCCCCCUUGUCACAGUCAGCAGAGACCACCAUCGGGGAAAAAUCUUACAAGUCUUGCAUCUGCGUCAGGAGAAUUUCUUUCAAAUCCGCCCGGGUGGGCGUCAGUGUUUGAGCGCGAGGGGUCCUGACCCGGGGCCCCUCAGCCAUGAGGCCCAAGACCUUCCCGGCGGCCCCCUAUGUGGGCAACACCCGCCAGAGGCUUCAGGAGAUCAAGGAGGGCCUGAAGCAGCCCGCCAAGCUGGUGAGCCAGGCCCUGCAUGGGGGGGGCGUGGCCCGCACCGAGGGCGGCCGCCCUGCCGACUGCAAAAGCGGCAAGGACGGGGCGGGGCGGCCGCAGCCCGUGCGACCCCCCCAGAAGUUCAACAACUACCAGAACGCCCUGCGAGAAAUACGCAAGUCCCUCAUGCCCUUCGCCAAUGAGUCGGUCUCGUCCGGCUCGGGGCCCCCUGCUGGGGAGGUGAACCGGCAGAUGCUGCAGGAGCUGGUCAACGCCGGCUGUGACCAGGAAAUGGCCGUCCGGGCACUGAAGCAGACAGGAAGCAGGAACAUCGAGGCGGCGCUAGAGUACAUCAGUAAAAUGGGCUACCUGGACCCUCGAAACGAGCUCAUCGUCCGUGUCAUCAAACAGACUUCGCCAGGAAAAGCUGGUAUGCCACCUUCUAUGGACCACCACCCUGCGAUGGAGGCCUCAGGUGACACAGCAGGUGCGAUGCCACCAUACCACCCAAUGUACGAGGGUGUGCCUGGUUACGGCUCAGAAGGUCCUUAUAUGAGUCCUCCACCUGUCAUGAACUACAUGAUGACUCCAUCUGGGGCGCCACAGGGUCCCCCAAUGGGGAAUCCCAUGGGUCGUCCUCCCAGCAUGGGCAGCUACCCACCAGUGAUGACCGCCCAGAGUAACACCGCUAACACCAUGUACCCUCCGGGGGCCCAACAGAAAGGCUACCCCGGCAGCAUGGAUCAGCACGGGCCCAUGAUGAGCUACAAUGUCCCCGGUCAACCUUUGCAGCUCCAGUCUCAGCCCCCAGGGGCGCCUGUCCCGGGCCCUCACUAUGACUAUGGCCAUACCAGGCCCCACUUAAUGGAGCCCGCAGGCUACGGAGUCAAGAGAACCGCCUCCUUUCAAAACAAGAUGCCCCCCCCAGACAACUACGGCAACAUGCAAGGUAAAGGCACCAUGGGCCAGAAUGGGCCAGGAGGAGGUGGGGGAGGGUACCCUGCAAAUCUUUACCUGCCCUCCCACUCGCACCCGCGUCAGGCGAGCCCAACCUCUCACCAGGUCCACAUGAUGUCCCGGUCCCCAGGUGGGGUCACAGCCAUGGGCCCAGACUUCCCCGAUCUUCCCCAAGGCUUAAUGACACCAUCCAGGGCGAGCCUCAACCUAGACUUGUAUGAGCACCACUGGGCGGGGCCUCCAGGUUCUGAAGGGCCCCUCCCAGCAAGGCAGCCGCAACCUCAGGGGCCCUUUAGGGGUGAGGUUCGUGUUCCCAGCCGAGCUAACUCAUUCAACAGCCGUUCCGCUGUAUCCAACGGCGUACGCCCCCCGAUGUCAGCGCCCCCGUCUGGCGGGAAACAAGAAUCUUCCCUGGGCCCUCCCAACACAAUCACGGCUGUCACAUCACCACCCAUCCAGCAGCCAGUCAAGAGUAUUCGGGUGAUGAGGCCGGAGCCCAAGACGGCCGUGGGCCCGUGCCACCCCAGCUGGAUGACGGCACAGGCCCAAGAUGCGUCAGAGCCGCUGGCCUACAUGCAAGAAGAGACCUACUCCUUGGAUCCCCCGCAGGAGGCCCGCUGCCCACCACCCCCCUACCCCAAGAAUCUCUUCAUGUCGCCAGCACCUGGCGAAUCCGGAGCUCUGGAGUGUGCCGGGGCCCUCGGCGGGGCCCAGGAUCUGAGCAACGUGGCAUCCAGAAGCACACGGGGCGGCAGUGGCGGGAGCGGAAAUACCGAGGAAGGAGGCCCUCAGGUGAAGGAGAAGACCAAGCUCGGCAAGGGAGAGAAAAGCCUGAAAGACAAGAAGCAGAUCCAGACCUCGCCCGUGCCGGUGAGGAAGAACGGACGAGACGAGGAGAAGCGGGAGUCUCGCAUCAAAAGCUACUCGCCAUUCGCCUUCAAGUUCUACAUGGAGCAGCACAUCGAGAACGUGAUGAAGACCUACCAGCAGAAGCUCAACCGCAGACUCCAGCUGGAGCAGGAGAUGUCCAAGGCCGGUCUGUCCGAGGCGGAGCAGGAGCAAAUGAGGAAGAUGCUCAACCAGAAGGAGUCCAACUACAACAGGUUGCGACGAGCCAAAAUGGACAAGUCCAUGUUUGUCAAAAUCAAAACUCUGGGCAUCGGAGCCUUCGGAGAGGUGUGCCUAACGCGCAAGGUGGACACCUUUGCGCUGUACGCCAUGAAGACCCUGCGCAAGAAAGACGUGCUCAACAGAAACCAGGUGGCCCACGUGAAGGCGGAACGCGACAUUCUGGCGGAGGCGGACAACGAGUGGGUGGUGCGUCUCUACUAUUCCUUCCAGGACCGCGACAGCCUCUACUUCGUCAUGGACUACAUCCCCGGGGGGGACAUGAUGAGCCUACUUAUCCGGAUGGGCGUCUUCCCCGAGCCACUGGCGUGCUUCUACGUGGCUGAGCUGACGCUGGCCAUAGAGAGCGUCCACAAGAUGGGCUUCAUCCACCGCGACAUCAAGCCGGACAACAUCCUCAUCGACCUGGACGGACACAUCAAGCUGACCGACUUCGGCCUGUGCACGGGCUUCCGAUGGACCCACAACUCUAAGUACUAUCAGAAAGGGAGUCACGUGAGACAGGACAGCAUGGAGCCCAGCGACUUCUGGGACGACGUGUCCAACUGCCGGUGCGGCGACCGCCUGAUGACGCUGGAGCAACAGGCCAUUCGGCAGCACCAGCGCUGCCUGGCUCACUCCUUGGUGGGCACGCCCAACUACAUCGCCCCCGAGGUUCUCCUUCGCAAAGGUUACACUCAGCUGUGCGACUGGUGGAGCGUGGGUGUGAUCCUGUUUGAGAUGCUGGUGGGACAGCCGCCUUUCCUGGCCCCCACCCCCACGGAGACCCAGAUUAAGGUCAUCAACUGGGAGAGCACGCUGCAGGUGCCCGCGCAGGUCAAACUGAGCCCCGAGUCCGUCGACAUCAUCGCUCGCCUGUGCUGCUCGGCGGAAGACCGCCUGGGGGCCAACGGCGCCGGCGAGAUCAAGGCGCACCCGUUCUUCAGCAAGGUGGACUUCUCCAGCAACCUGCGGCAGCAGCCCGCCCCCUACCGGCCCAAGAUCGCCCACCCCAUGGACACCUCCAACUUCGACCCGGUGGAGGAGGACGGCGGGCCUGGAGCCUGGAGCGACAGCGGCGACAGCACCCGCGCUCUGGACGCCCUCUGCUCGCCGCACGGGAAGCACCCGGAGCACGCCUUCUACGAGUUCACCUUCCGCAGGUUCUUCGACGACAACGGCUGCCCCUUCCGCUACCCCAAACCUCUGGAGGCCGGCGGCGGUGGCGGCUUGGGCCCGGAGGAGGAGGAGGACGAGGAGGGAGAGGAGGAGGCCGGGGAGGGAUGCGAGCCCGUCUACGUGUAAGCGUCGCCCCCUUGUGGACACAGUGAGCGCCUCCCUCCCACACGGGACCAACAAGCAACCGCCCUGAGCGCAGACCUGGGCAGUCCGGUAAGAAUGUAAGAAGAACACCACCGCUCCCGGGUCUUCCUUCCAUUCCUCGAUUUCGUCCUCGUCGGACUCGGGACUCCAAAGUGAGGCUUUUUCUGCUUUUACACUGAAAUUUGUAAUGACAACUCCCAACUCAAGUCAUUCAACCAAAGCAAAUUACAAACGGGGGGAGUUCUUCCUCCUUCACAAUAAGAGUUUAUUAGCGCGGGAAAUAUUCAAAGUUGGACACUUUCCAUGAGAAGACCUUUGAAAACAACUUUUUCUACAUUUAUUUUGAGGAAGAAGAAAGAAAAAAAUGAUUGAACGCAUUUUUAUUGCUCUCAAUGAGGUGCCUGCUGACAUGAAUACCACAUUUACAGAUCCACAUUUCAACGUGUCCAAGAAGGAGAAAAGCAGAACUUGUGCAGGUGCUGACAAAAUUCCGAUUCCCAUAAAAUCAAAGGGCGACGCAUUUCAAAACCACCGGCUCAAACACAUGGCAGGCAAACAAGCGUGUUCGUAGUGGAUUACCUCUAAGUCAUGCUGUAAGUUUCCCAUGCAAAGUAAUGCUCCACUUUUCAAAAUGAGCUAGCUCGAUGCUAACUCAUAUAGGAUAUGCCAUACACAUGCUACUGAUUAGCAUUAGCGAUUUUACAUGGCAAAUUUGGUGACGAAAACGACAACUAAGAUGCGCGUUACAAUCUGGUGUGUAAUACUUGCAGUAUGAACACUUUGUAGGGCUCAACAAAAGACAAGACUGGCACACUCAACGGCAAAGACUACUUCCUGACUACACUUAGAACAAAAGAAAAUGACCGUACACUUCUCAGAAAACAAUAACAACACAAUGGUCAGGGUUAGCUUAGUGUUGAAUGUUCAAAGCAAUGAAAUGUUGAUAUUAAACACACAAAAGUACUGAAAGUCCCCCCCCUCCCUAGCCACAGAUCAUUUGGUUUUCUCUUAAAUCAUAUUUAAAAUUGGACUAAAUAUUACGCACAUUAUCAACUGUUUGCUUUUGUGGACAAAAUGAGUUAAAAUCAGGUCAAUGACCAUGAGUUUUACUUUGAAGUGUACACGGCACAGAAUUUUUAUAUACGACCCAAUCCAGACGACCUUUCACACCCAUGGCAGAACUGCGACAAAACAUAACAAAACAUGACACGAGCCGCUCACUGAACUUUGUGGAUACUAUAAAAACUGUCCAAGCACCCUACAUCAUUUACUGUUAUGGUGGCAGAAAUGCAGCACAUUUAUCCAUGUUUGCCACACGUAAGCUGCUUAAUAUUUCUGACUGAUGACAAAACUUCUAGUCCAACUUUCACAUAUUCUUAAUAUACAAUUAUGUUUAUCAUCAAUUUGAUGAAAAAGUCAACAAGUUUGGUUGUUGUAAAAACUGAAUGGCCCCCGGAUCCUCCUUCCCUUGUAGGCGGGCAAGGUGUGGACUGCCCACUCACAUGUUGUUCUGCUAAUGCUGACGCAGUGGUGAAGGGGACAUGACUCCCACCGAUUCUUGCCAAAGUUCCAAUCCGUGGAAAGUUCCCAGCUCUGAAUGUUCCUGGGAUUUUGCGCUAGCGUGUGUGGCCUCGGUGGUCCAGAACAAGUCGCCGGCGGACUGAAUGUCACGGAUCUGCGCUCCUCUCCUGGUUCGGGCGGGAGACCUGGCCAUUCAAAAUAGUCCUCCGUUCGGUUUUAGCCCGAGGCGAGCGAAUGAGAAAGAGGGAGAAGAAAGCUGGCGUGACUUAAGUGCAAUACAAAAACUAAAAACCCUUUCAAAGUCUUGGAACGCUUUAUAUUCUAUUUGAUGUAUUCUCCUCUCUUGCUGCUUGUUAUUGACAUGAUGAUGAUGAUGAUGAUGAUGAUGAUGAUGAUGAUGUACGUGGAAGGUCAAGGGCUGACGACGAGCCUUCCAGUCCUGCAUCCGGGCCGGUCCUGGACGCAGAACGCGAAGGUUCUCCUCUGAGGAUUUGGAGUACCGAGCGAGGCGAGAAAUGUCGUUUGUAAGAAGAAUGAAACGCUUUGGGUUUUCUUUUGUUUUUGCUUUUUUAUUUAUCUGAAAAAGACGUUUGAAGUUUGCUGCGAGGAUCAAAUCUGCCAAACUUGACUGCAGUCCUGUGGCGUGGAAACUCUGCCACGCCUUCUGCCCACUCACUCGGGCUUUUCACCUGCACUUCUCUGCCAAAACACCAGGGGGCAGUGUUGGACUUGUGCUAGCUCUCUGACGCCAUGACGUCAGGGAGAGAAUAUUGGGGCCGCACUGAAAAGACAACAUUUUAGUCGUAAAGUUCCGAAAUAAAGUUAAAACGAUACGUCAACAAUCGACAUUGUUACUUUUUCUAAUAUUCAAACUAUUCUCCUCACUUUUUCCCAAGGUUACGACUUUGUUCACCAAACAUUUGGACUUUUUUCCUUUGUUCCGACUUUAUCGUAACGGUAAAAGUCUUUUGUGGUAAUAUUACGACUUUACGCAGAGUAUUACGACUAUUUUUGUAACUUAACAAAACAUUUGGACUUUCUUUCUCGUACUACGACAACUUCAUUGCUUUAACAUUUUCCCUGCAACAUUACAACUUUAAUCGUGUAAAUUUACGACUUUUUCUUGCCAUGUUCCGACGUAAUUCUUGUCAUUUAAUUCAGUUUUAAAUUGAGACUUUAUUGACGCGGUAUUAAAACUUUCAUCUUAAAACUUUAGCAUUUUCUUCACUCGUAAGUUCCGACUUCAUCGUAUCCGCGCAGUAUUACGACUAUUUUGGUAACGUAACAUUCUAAGGUAAUAUCACAACUUUAUCCGGGUGGUGCUCGUCAAAGUUAGCCGGAGGAUUACAUGGACUACGCUAGCUCUCUGACGCUAUGACAUCAUGGAGAAAAUAUUGGGGCCCCAUUGAAAAGAGAACAUUUUAGUCGUAAAGUUCCGAAAUAAAGUUGAAACGAUACGUAAACAAUCGACAUUGUUACUUUUUCUAAUAUUCAAACUAUUCUCCUCACUUUUUCCCAAGGUUACGACUUUGUUCACCAAACAUUUGGACUUUUUUCCUUUGUUCCGACUUUAUCGUAACGGUAAAAGUCUUUUGUGGUAAUAUUACGACCAUACGCAGAGUAUUACAACUAUUUUUGUAACUUAUCGAUUCAUUUGGACUUUCUUUCUCGUACUACGACAACUUCAUUGCUUUAACAUUUUCCCUGCAACAUUACAACUUUAAUCGUGUAAAUUUACGACUUUUUCUUGCCAUGUUCCGACGUAAUUCUUGUCAUUUAAUUCAGUUUUAAAUUGAGACUUUAUUUACGCGGUAUUAAAACUUCCAUCUUGAAACUUUAGCAUUUUCUUCACUCGUAAGUUCCGACUUCAUCGUAUCUGCACAGUAUUACGACUAUUUUGGUAACGUAACAUUCUAAGGUAAUAUCACAACUUUAUCCGGGUGGUGCUAGUCAAAGUUAGCCGGAGGAUUACAUGGACUACGUUAGCUCUGUGACGCUAUGACAUCAUGGAGAAAAUAUUGGGGCCGCACUGAAAAGACAACAUUUUAGUCGUAAAGUUCCGAAAUAAAGUUGAAACGAUACGUCAACAAUCGACAUUGUUACUUUUUCUAAUAUUAAAACUAUUCUCCUCACUUUUUCCUAAGGUAACGACAUUGUUCACCAAACAUUUGGACUUUUUUUUCCUUUGUUCCGACUUUAUCAUAACGGUAAAAGUCUUUUGUGGUAAUAUUACGACUUUACGCAGAGUAUUACAAGAAUUUUUCAACUUAUCGAUUCAUUUGGACUUUCUUUCUCAUACUACGACAACUUGAUUGCUUUAACAUUUUCCCUGCAACUUUACUACUUUAAUCGUGUAAAUUUACAACUUUUUCUUGCCAUGGUCCGACGUAAUUCUUGUCAUUUAAUUCAGUUUUAAAUUGAGACUUUAUUGACGCGGUAUUAAAACUUCCAUCUUGAAACUUUAGCAUUUUCUUCACUCGUAAGUUCCGACUUCAUCGUAUCCGCGCAGUAUUACGACUAUUUUGGUAACGUAACAAUCUAAGGUAAUAUCACAACUUUAUCCGGGUGGUGCUCGUCAAAGUUAGCGGGAGGAUUACAUGGACAACGCUAGCUCUCUGACGCUAUGACAUCAUGGAGAAGAUAUUGGGGCCGCACUGAAAAGACAACAUUUUAGUCGUAAAGUUCCAAAAUAAAGUUAAAACGAUACGUAAAUAAUCGACAUUGUUACUUUUUCUAAUAUUAAAACUAUUCUCCUCACUUUUUCCCAAGGUUACAACUUUGUUCACCAAACAUUUGGACUUUUUUCCUUUGUUCCGACUUUAUCGUAACGGUAAAAGUCUCUUGUAGUAAUAUUAUGACUUUACGCAGAGUAUUACGACUAUUUUUGUAACUUAACGAUUCAUUUGGACUUUCUUUCUCGUACCACGGCAACUUCAUUGCUUUAACAUUUUCCCUGCAACUUUACAUCUUUAAUCGUAUACAUUUACGACUUUUUCUUGCCAUGUUCCGACGUAAUUCUUGUCAUUUAAUUCAGUUUUAAUUUGAGACUUUAUUGACGCGGUAUUAAAACUUUCAUCUUAAAACUUUAGCAUUUUCUUUACUCGUAAGUUCCGACUUCAUCGUAUCCGCGCAGUAUUACGACUAUUUUGGUAACGUAACAUUCUAAGGUAAUAUCACAACUUUAUCCGGGUGGUUCUCGUCAAAGUUAGCCGGAGGAUUACAUGGACUACGCUAGCUCUGUGACGCUAUGACAUCAUGAAGAGAAUAUUGGGGCCGCACUGAAAAGACAACAUUUUAGUCGUAAAGUUCCGAAAUAAAGUUGAAACGAUACGUCAACAAUCGACAUUGUUACUUUUUCUAAUAUUAAAACUAUUCUCCUCACUUUUUCCCAAGGUUACGACUUUGUUCACCAAACAUUUGGACUUUUUUCCUUUGUUCCGACUUUAUCGUAACGGUAAAAGUGUUUUGUGGUAAUAUUACGACUUUACGCAGAGUAUUACGACUAUUUUUGUAACUUAACAAAACAUUUGGACUUUCUUUCUCGUACUACGACAACUUCAUUGCUUUAACAUUUUCCCUGCAACUUUACUACUUUAAUCGUGUAAAUUUACGACUUUUCCUGCCAUGUUCCGACGUUAUUCUUGUCAUUUACCUAACGUGUUUUUAUUCAUGCAGUAUUAAAACUUCCAUCUUAAAACUUCAGUAAUUUUUCGUGUAUAUGCAACUUUAUUGUCGCUUUUUGUUGUAGUAUUACCACUUUUUGUGAAAUAUUAUGACUUUAUUUUUGGAACGGAACCACAUUUUUCACCACGGGGACCUCGUAACAUGAAGAGUUCUAUGUGGUAACUUUACGACUUUUUCCUGACAUAUCUUAACGUCAUUUAUUCCACUUUUAAAUUUAGCAGUUUUUUUCCCAUAAGUCACAAUUUAAUAACAAUUGUAAAAGUUUUUUUGUCGGGAUGUUACCACUUUUUGCACAAGUUUACAAUAACAUGGAGAGUUUGGUCUGGUAACUUUACGACGUUUUCCUGCCAUAUUCCGACGUGAUGCUUGUGACUAACUCCCUAAAGUUUGACUUUAUUUAUGCAGUCUUAAACUUCCAUCUUAAAAAUGUAGCAUUUUUCUGUUCUCACAAGUUACGACCGUAUUGUAACCGUAAAAGUCGUAGUACUACCACUUUCCGUACAGUAUGAUGACCUUAUUUUUGUAAGAUACCAACAUUUUCUGGUAAUAUCCCAAAUUUCUUCACUUAACUUUGUGACUGUGAACUUGUGACAUUACGAGUUUGAUUGGGUAACUAUACGACAUUUAUUUUUUUGCCAUAUUCCGACAUAUUUGUUGUCACUUAACUAACUUUUUUCUCAUCAAUUUAGACUUAAUAGGAGCUGAAUUAAAACUUCUUUCUUAAAGGGUCCAACAAAAAUGUGUAUUAUUUACAACUUUAUCGUCGUAACAUUAAAAGUGGUUUUGUCGUAAUAUUACCACUUUCUAUGCAAAAUCGCAACAUUAUCCUGGUGACGUAACCUUUUUCAUCGUAAUGUUACUACUUUGUCCUCACAAUUCAAAUUUCAACAAUUUUUUUCCCGCAACAUAACAACUUUUUCUCCGGCAACUUAGCUAUGUGUUGUUAGCGUAGCCCUGAUAGUCCUUUCUUUGUGGCAAACAUAUUCGUUAGGAGUUAGUUGGAAAAAAAAUCCUGGUUGUUGACAAUCUGCUGCUACAAGGCAAUUUUACAAACUUUUUUCUACUCUAUUUCGACUUUAUUGGAGCGUUAUCAAAACUUUUUAAAAUGUAAAAAAAAUCCUCAUUAUUUGCAACUUUAUUGUCAUAACAAUAAAAAUAGUUUUGCCGGAAUAUUACUACUUUCCACGCAGUUUUACGACAUUAUUCUUAUGACCUAACAUUUUUCUCCUAAAAUCGGGAUUUCAUGCACUUAACUUUACGACUGUGAUCUUGGAACACGAAGAUUAUCUUCUGGUAGCUUUACGACUUUAUUUUUUGCCAUAUUCCGACAUAUUUCUUGUAAUUUAACUCAAUUUGUUUCCUGUCAACGUAGAACUCCGUACUAUACGUGCAGUAUUACAUCAUCCUCCAAACAUAAUAUUAUUUUCCCGCAAAAUCGCAACAUUAUCCUGGUGACGUAACCUUUUUCAUCGUAAUGUUACUACUUUGUCCUCACAAUUCAAAUUUCAACUAUUUUUUUCCCGCAACAUAACAACUUUUUCUGCGGCAACUUAGCUACGUGUUGUUAGCGUAGCCCUGAUAGUCCUUUCUCUGUGGCAAACAUCUUCGUUAGGAGUUAGUUGGAAAAAAUAUCCUGGUUGUUGACAAUCUGCUGCUACAAGGCAAUUUUACAAACUUUUUUCUACUCUAUUUCGACUUUAUUGGAGCGUUAUCAAAACUUUUUAAAAUGUAAAAAAAAUCCUCAUUAUUUGCAACUUUAUUGUCAUAACACUAAAAAUAGUUUUGCCGGAAUAUUACUACUUUCCACGCAGUUUUACGACAUUAUUCUUAUGACCUAACAUUUUUCUCCUAAAAUCGGGAUUUCAUGCACUUAACUUUACGACUGUGAUCUUGGAACACGAAGAUUAUCUUCUGGUAGCUUUACGACAUUAUUUUUUGCCUAUUCCGAUAUAUUUCUUGUAAUUUAACUCAAUUUUUUUCCCGCAACAUAACAACUUUUUCUCCGGCAACUUAGCUAUGUGUUGUUAGCGUAGCCCUAAUAGUCCUUUCUCUGUGGCAAAGAUCUUCGUUGGGAGUUAGUUGGAAAAAAAAUCCUGGUUGUUGACAAUCUGCUGCUACAAACUUUUUUCUACUCGAUUUCGACUUUAUUGGAGCGUUAUCAAAACUUUUUAAAGUGUAAAAAAAAUCCUCAUUAUUUGCAACUUUAUUGUCAUAACAAUAAAAAUAGUUUUGCCGGAAUAUUACUACUUUCCACGCAGUUUUACGACAUUAUUCUUAUGACCUAACAUUUUUCUCCUAAAAUCGGGAUUUCAUGCACUUAACUUUACGACUGUGAUCUUGGAACACGAAGAUUAUCUUCUGGUAGCUUUACGACUUUAUUUUUGCCAUAUUCUGACAUAUUUCUUGUCAUUUAACUCAAUUUGUUUCCUGUCAACGUAGAACUCCGUACUAUACGUGCAGUAUUACAUCAUCCUCCAAACACAAUAGUCUUUUCCCGCAAAAUCGCAACAUUAUUCUUCUAACGUAAAUUUUUUAUCGUAACGUUACAACUUUAUCCUCACAAUUCAGAUUUUUUUACGCAACAUAUCAACUUUUUCUGCGGCAACUUAGCUAUGUGUUGUUAGCGUAGCCCUAAUAGUCCUUUCUCUGUGGCAAACAUCUUCGUUAGGAGUUAGUUGGAAAAAAAAAUCCUGGUUGUUGACAAUCUGCUGCUACAAGGCAAUUUUACAAACUUUUUUCUACUCUAUUUCGACUUUAUUGGAGCGUUAUCAAACUUUUUCAAAUGUAAAAAAAAUCCUCAUUAUUUGCAACUUUAUUGUCAUAACAAUAAAAAUAGUUUUGCCGGAAUAUUACUACUUUCCACGCAGUUUUACGACAUUAUUCUUAUGACCUAACAUUUUUCUCCUAAAAUCGGGAUUUCAUGCACUUAACUUUACGACUGUGAUCUUGGAACAUGAAGAUUAUCUUCUGGUAGCUUUACGACUUUAUUUUUGCCAUAUUCCGACAUAUUUCUUGUCAUUGAACUCAAUUUGUUUCCUGUCAACGUAGAACUCCGUACUAUACGUGCAGUAUUACAUCAUCCUCCAAACACAAUAAUCUUUUCCCGCAAAAUCGCAACAUUAUUCUUCUAAGGUAACAUUUUUAUCGUAACGUUACAACUUUAUCCUCACAAUUCAGAUUUUUUUACGCAACAUAUCAACUUUUUCUGCGGCAACUCUGCUAUGUGUUGUCAGUGUGGCCCUAAUAGUCCUUACUUUGUGGCAAACAUCUUCGCUCUUUUGCCGUUAGGAGUUAGCUUUAAAAAUCCUGGUUGUUGACAAUCUGCUGCUACCAAACGCUGCCACAGAACUUUUGCUCGGUGUUUUCCGACUAAUCCCUGAAGUGUGACUGUCAGGAUGAUGUUGUGUUUAUGAUUGGACAGUUUUAUUGACUGAGAGUGUGCCUGCUCUUCUAAAGCCGCACAAUCCUUUCCUCGCAGCACUUGACUGAUUUACACGGCAACGUAUUUACCUUUUGGUGUCUCGUAGACGCCAAUAAAACACAAUGCAGUUUGAUGGAGCGUGCAGAAGGUAGACGAGGGGGAAAAGCUUUAUAAGCGUGGAAUGAGAGUUUAGUUUGUGAGGGCUAUAAAGUGAUGACUGACAAUCGUUGACUGACUUGCUUCUGAUUUCUUAAAGCUUUGUUUUGUAUCCCCUUCAUCUUUUUGGAAUGUGUGCCCCCAGGAGCUGCUGUUGGCGCUCCAUCAUGUAUAAUAUCUUCAAUUUAUAUUUAUACAGAUAUACAUAUUUUUUUGUAUCUUCCCUCCCAGCCACCUUGGAAGUCCCCGGCGUGCUAAUGUCCAAAUGUCUACGCAGUAUUAUACCAUUAUUAUUAUUAUUAUUAUUCUCAAAAGGAUGAUGACAAUCUCUUUUUUUACACUUGUGUAUCAACUGAGACAUUUGUCACUGUCUUUGUGUGUAAAUUGUUUGUAUAAAUUAAAUUUACCAACCGCUUCA